GCACGAACAUUCCCAUAUUUUACAAAGUAUUUGGGUGUCGGGACGGCCCUGGGGCAUUUUUAGGACAGAGAGUGGCACUUAUUUGAAGAAUACGUGCAACAAAGAUUAAAGCAUGAAAGAAAAUCAGCCUGAAAUUCUAUGUGUCAAUGGGGUCAAUGAGGAAGAUCUGUCUAUGGGCAAAAAGGGCGUGUUUGGCUCGAACGGGAUUGUCUCGGAGUCGAAAAACGACAGAGGCGAAUUCCAAAAGGCUCUUCCACAACUUCAACAAGAUGAUCCACUUUCAGACCAUUCUUUCGCGAGCAUCGAAAACAAAUUACAUGUUUCUCCUCCUAGGGAUGAUGAUGAUGAUGAUGGUAAAAAAGAAGCAUUUCAUGUCGUUGCCCGAAAACCAGAUGAAGAAGUUGCAUUGUUAUUAUCAGCAUCUGAUGAAAAGGCCACUCCUUUGGAUGGCAAAGAGGAAAGUAAGUGUCAUAAUCCCAUCACAGAUCUUUGUGUCGUCGAAGUUGCAGAAACGGGAAAAGAACAUUUCGGUGAUGAUGGGCUUAUAGACCGAAAACCGCGCGAAGACAAAAUCUUGGAGGGCCAAAAUGCAGUGCCAAGAGACGAAUCGUGCAAUGGGGAGGACAACAAAACCAAACCGAACCGUUCAAUUCUCAGCCUGCAAGACCAUUUUGCAGAAGGCGAGGCUAGUUUCUCUGCACUUGGUUUCGCAGGUUCUUCUCACCCGGCCUCGGUCCCAUAUUCUGGGAGCACUUCUCUCCGCUCUGAUAGCAGCACCACCAGUGCCAGAUCCUUUGCCUUCCCGGUAUUACAACCAGAGUGGAUUAGCAGUCCGGUGAGAAUGAGGAAAUCAUACAACAGGUUUUGGAAGCACGGGGGACGGUGGCGUCGUCUUCUUUGCUGUAGAUUCUGAAAAUCCUUUCCAUUUCUUUAAUAUUUCAUUUGUUCAUAUAGUCAUUUUGAAGUUCAUAUCAUAUAGUAUUACAUUGAAGAAGGGUGCACUAUUGUGUAUGGAUUGAGUUCAUUUCAUUGUGUUUGCAAUGUUUAUUGAAGAAAACGUUUGGGUUUCG